CAUUCUUCUCCUAUCUCAUCGAGGCCUCGCCUAAAUCAGACCAGGAAGCAAUUGAUACAAGAAUGGAGACCGAUGGGGAGAAAAUGGAGGGGGACCGUGCAACCUUGAAGCGAAGUAGUGCGUUCACUUUCUUUUUACUUGCACAAUGGGAGUGUAUAUUUAGAAAGUCGAAGCAUACUGACAUAUCUUCCACGGCUAGGGGCGGACUUCGAAGGCCCUGAAUUGACAGAUGAUCGCUCUGAAGACAGUGAAUUCGAUGACUCCGAGGAAGAAGAAUGGCGGAAGGAAGAUGAGAGCGAAGAGGAGGUCGAAGAUCUGGGUCGCGAAGAACAGGACACUGAAGAGCAUGAGUAUACUAUCCCCGGAGACACAGCACGAACGGUGAAGAUUCGGCUCUUUGUGGCCGACGGAGGGAUAUUCCAGUCCAGGUGGACGAAAACCUUUGUCGCCGAAUGCACUUGCGAUGGCGUCGCUGUCGCCACCGCUCUAGCCCGGUAUAUUCGUCGAAAUGUUAUGCGUGAAUUUCGGGAGGAGAUGGAACAGGCCAGCGAGGAAGCGUGCGAUGUGGCCUUCCACGUCUUCGACCGUUAUGGAACAAUCAAGACCAAGUAUAAGGACCAUCCAGUGCAAAGAGGAACUGGUGUAUGGGGAAACGAGCUUGAUCACGGCCCUCUUUUCCUGAUUGAAGACCUUCAUGUUACAGCGCUAGAGCUACGCCGGAAAGGGCUGGGGCAGAAAGUAGCGGCUUUGAUGUUGGAGAAAGCCAAACAGCUCUGCUUAGACAGCAUGGGAGAUGGCGCACACGCAGAUCAUUUCUACGGUUCUAAGGAGGCCUUUGAGCGAGCAUGGACUCUACAUGCUUUGGCCAGCCCCGGACCACUGACAGCUGAUAUCGAACCGCAGUUAGUGGGCAAGUCCGCAGAAGAACGCUUGACGACACGGAUCCGAGUUCAAUCUGGUGUUACUGAUUUUUGGCGAUCAUGCGGUUUUCGUCGAAUCGGCGCGUCUCGCUGUUUGGCAUUUUCGUUCAAUCUUCAGCAUCAGUCUCGCACCCUUAACGCAACUUCUGAUUUCGACCCGCGUAGGAGCCACGCUGAGAAUCUUGAGAAUGAAGAACUCAAAGUUAUUCAUGAGGCAGAUCAUCUUAUGGAUGUCGAAAAACUUAAAUUGGAAAGACUUCGUGGCGCGUUGCCGCUGCAUCAUGCAGCUCUCACUCUGGCAGACGAAGAACUCAAAGCUUUUUUCGUCACUCAUGCUGACGAUGAGGCUGAUUGGUGUCGAGUGACCAACUCUGAAGCCACGCUUCUACAUCUAACAGCUUGUGAGCUCAAGCCACUGAGUACGCGGUGGCUACUUGAGAAUGUCCACCACGCUGAGUCCUGGAAGACGGUUCGUGAUAUUAACGGGUACACGCCACUCGAAGCAUUGCAGGAACAUUUAGAGACAAUGCGAACACAAAAGCAGUAUGGUUUCUCAAGGGUUUUGGACCUAUCAGACUAUUUUGAUGGGUAUCCCGACUCCGCAGUAUCCUGUCUCUUCUUGCUGUCCGGACGGGAUCCUUCCGUGCUUAAUGACGCAUACCUUCGAUAUGGGUGUACGUGCGGAGACUGUCUGGCAGGGUUUCUAUCCGCCCGAAUGAGGUGUUCUUUGGUGUUUCAUGGAGAGUUUAUGUACGACUUUCUCCAGGAGGGAAUUGAUGAUGGGGCCUUUUGGGUAGAGGCCAACGACCACAUCCUCGUGCACCUCGAUCCCGAUGUGCGAAAGAACCUCAAAACCAACAAGUCGCUUCGAAAAGGCUUUAUGACUCUUUUCCAGAUUGCCGUGGAAUGUCUCAAUGCGAAAAGAAUCCCAACCGCAAAAAAUCUCGUAUGGUACUGUUACAAUCGGAGCGAGUGGCCACCGCAUACCAAGCGCUAUCUGCGACACGCUGGGUGGCAGAUGGGCUGUCGGGCAGUGCUUCGAUACAUGUUCGACGCUGCUAUAACAGAAGAUGAGAAAUCAGGUGAUGGAGAAUGUCAACUCACAUUGAAGGAGAAAUGGUCAGAUCUACCAACUUGCAGGAACGACCAUGAGUUUGAAUUUGUUGCCAGAGGUUGUGGUUACGUUGCGGAUGAUCUUAUUUCGUUACCAUCCUGGUAUCUUGAUUGUUUUUCAUAAUAUAUAAGAGCAGCAACGGAUUUCCGACCAUGUCGAGAAUACGGGCUCAAAGUACAGCUAAGGAUGACAAUAGGUGACAAUGAAAGGACCCAAGGGGUAGCAGGUGUGCUAAGCAGCCGCUGGUUCUAGGACCGAGGCAGCUCCUUUUAAUACAGAUCUCAAAUUCCUCGGCCAAUUUCUCAUUUUCGCUAAAGAGAACAGAAGAGGAAGGUUUACUUCUACUGAUAACAACCAAUGCUCUCACGAUAGUAGCCUUGGAAAGCGAAGGAGCACGAUGGAAUAGACCAACAUUUAUAGACACGGUAGAUAGAUCAUAAGAGUUCACACUUUCAAUAAAUCCACAUUUUCAUGAAAUGAAAUGGAAGUAGAUUCCCCAUCAUCCAUGCUGUGUCUGUAUCGCAUGCAAAAAGCCCGGUAUCUAACAGAACGACACUACUUAGC